UUAGUUUGAUAACGAACGUAGGGUGGAGACACAUGAUCAUUAAUGAAAAAUGAUGGAGUCCAUUAGCCCGUACUUACGUCCGUUCAAGUGGACACAGAAAGUGAAUUUUGAAACAUGAAACUGGUUUGCUCGGCUUUCCGUUAGUCUUAUAGUGUGGGAUGACCAUGCCAUCCGGCAAGAUUCGUCAAGAGGAAAAUUUCUCUUACCAAUGAAAAUACAUUGCAACAUGAGUGCUACGCUACCCCACGCGACAGGUCUACGGAUGUUUUCAUAGGCAAGAUGUUUAUUUCAGGUGACGGUGGAUUGACCGGACAAAGAGAGUGAGCGAACGAAAAAGUUUUGACAGCUUCAUUUUGUACUAACAGUCUACCAGCAGAAGUCGUUCGAUUCGCAUUUUGGUACGAGCUAGCAGGAGAAUGAGUGGCAUUGUGCACAAAUAGUGAACUGAUGAACUGAAUAACAACUUGUCGCCAAGCAGUAAAUUGAUGAAUUUUGACGAAAAUCCGAGAAUCUUAUAGAAAUUUAAAAAAAAACACAUUCGCAAAAUGUUUAAUUUUUUCAAACGUUCAAAGUCGCAAAAAUCAAAACACAAACAUGAACAAAAGCUGCAACUGCCGAAACACGACGGGAAUGCAUCGCAGCUUGCUGCAUCGAGCGCUUGCGUGGCGCAUACCUUGGAGACGCAGUCACCGACGACGACGGUGCAGCAGUACGCUCACGAAGGAAACCACGAUCGUGACAAUGCGGCGGUUUACCUUACCGGUGGGCCUCACGGACGUGGCACAGAGAGCGGAAGUAUUAAAAAUAAGCAACAUUCAGCGCCAACUGCGAUCAACUUCAGUCCGAGUGAUAUAAUCCACGGGAACGGUUGCUCGUUCGGUUACGAGAACGGUAUCGCGAUCGAAUUCGCCGACGAGGAGAGCGACGCCGACGGAAACGCGAUCAAUGAAUGCGUGCAGCGCGAGAUUUCACUGCCAUUUCAAGUACGGGGAGAAGCGAACGGUUCGACAUUUCAACGAUCAUCUAGUUACCGUCAAAACGCGGCCCUGUUCGAAAGUGAUAUGGCAAAAGGAAGAAACAAACGACGCUAUCAGCAGCAACAACAAGGCAAGAAUUUGAACAAUCAACAAGGUCAGCAACAUCAAACUGUGAAUAAGGAUGGACACUUGCUGCCGAAGCAAACUGGAAAUAUUUUGGAAAAGCAGGACAAAGAAAACGUAGGAAAACUCGGUGCUGCUAUGUCCACUGAGAAUGAAGUACUACAAUUAGAUGAUAAAGUAUUUUCAAAUGAGUGUAAUUCCAAUGAAGAUCAAGGGGGCAAAAUCGUUGGAAGUUAUGCUGAUUUUCAGCAACAAUCGUAUCUCAUGGUCGAUGACGUUGGAGGUGAAACCGCCGAGGAUCGCGACGAUAAAAAUAGCGUCGUGGUGCUCUCGCUUAUUAACAAAACUUCGUCCACCGAUCGGUCUGAUCUUAACGGUAGUGUGAGUGCUGUGGUAGAGAAUAGUACUGAGUCGGCGCAAUCUGUGACGUCACCGUUCCCGUUAACUCAAACUACGGUGAAUGGUACUCCUACUGAUGUCGAACGUAAUGAGGUAUUAAGCAGUAUUCAUGACAGCUUAGUGUCGCAGCAGUAUCAUGAAGUAGAGAUCUAUACAUCCGCCACUACCGACAUCAACGAUGACCAAUCCGAGCUAGUCGGCAGUGAAAUCGUAACUACCGAAGACGUAACAUCGAUCAAGGAAAUGGGACAGCAGCCAAGUAAGACAAGUGAUUCAACGAACCGCAGCAAACGAUCGGGCACGCCAAUCCACCAGCCUACUUUGAUAGUGCCGUCAACGCCACAGAACUUGACAGCGCAAAUGAAAACAGACACUUUUCGAGAUGAUACUAGUGAUGAUAAAGACAUUUUCUACGAAGCAGAAUCAGUUACACCCACAUCUCCAUUAUCAUCGACCUGUUCGGGUGAAAGAUAUGAUAAAAUCAUACCAUCGUUGUCACUCAUCGACGAUCAUAACUCCAAUCAAAGUGAGCCUCGGACAUGCCCGAAGAAACGAGUAGUGUUCAGUGAUCAACUUGUAAUUGAUGGAAAUCCAUUGUCAGAAAACGAGUUUCGAAAUGAUUCUAGUGAUGAUAACAAAAGUACGGAAUCGAUAAAUUUAGAAUCGCUAGCGAAAAAUAAUGAUGAACAUAUGCACACGGUAUUUCCACCCGGUUCGACUGUAAAUAACAAAAUUUGUGAGAACGUAGUGUUUAGUGUUAAUAACGAACGAUCUGCAUUUAACAGUGAUAAUAGUAGCAUUUUAGUUAACGGUCCGGUGGACAAUUCCAAGCACAAGAUAAUCGAUUUUCGAUAUGACAGCAGUGAUACCAAAAAUGUUAACGAGAAGUACGACAAAACGAACCAGGAGUGUGAGGAUAACAUGAAAAUUACGUCGCAAAUCACAGAAAAUGAACCCAGUUUGAUCGUUGAGGAUAUCGUUAGCUUACCGGACGUGGUGCAGCCGACCAGCAUAGAGAAAGUAACUAAACAGCCCUUCAACACAGUUGAUAAAAUCAACAGUGAAAUGAAGGAGUUAGUAAACCAGGAAUCGCGCUACAGUGCCAAACUCGAGGAUGCCGAGAAGCGGGCCAGUGAAGCACAGAUCAAGGUGUACGAGUUGCAGCAGCGGUUGGACGAUGUCAAACGAGACGUUUCGUUAAAGGAAUGCAAUGUUGAACGUAAGUUGAAUUCAGCAAGUUUUCUCAUCGGGAACCAUGCUUCGGAUGAAGUCCCUUCUCUAACUACGCGACUGUAAAAGCAAAGACGUCAAUGUAGCGCAAUUGCUAGAUGAAAAUCAGUCCACCAGUGCUCGUAGGUAUUAAUGUGGGAGUCGUAAUUUCCUUUACGACGAAAAAUCAUCAAGCACGACAAACAGUACGAAUUCACGAGGUAAAUGACACUCGUUCAUUUCCUUCCCUAGUAGGUGUAGGUGGAAAAUGAGAACUAAAAUUUGUUGCGUACUCCAUCCCGCUUGGCUAAUCGUUUAAAUUUAUUCCAAAACUAUAUGAAUGAAUCAGUUUUAUUGACUAAUUUAGCUGUUACUAAUGUUGUAUUUACUCGCGUUACCAGCGUAAUAUAAACUUUCUAUAGUUUUUUUUAACUAUUUCUAAGAGCCCGAGCAUUCAUAGCUCGUAAGUUUUUGCAUCACUAAAAAGAGAAAAUAUUCGAUGACAAGCAAUAAUUUCUUAAGUCCGCAGUUGUGCAGGUACUCAAAAAAUAACAUCGCACCAUGCAGUUAUUUUAUAUAAUUAGAUUGACUCGCAUCUAGUAGGAAACAAAAACAAAGUUGACAAUCACUCUUUGUAGCGUGACACCACAAUACAAUAUCCUGGCUGCUGUGAUUCCGUCACCAUCAGUUCGCCAGUUCAUUUGUUUACUACACGGGUGGUCUCGCCUACUCUUCGAAUUUAUUCGAAUGUUUUGGUUCGAUUUGACGACAGUCUUUGGUGCAUCUGUAUUCUUAUCGAAUAAGAAGAUAGUUCGCGAAAGAAAAAACAUGUUUACAAUUAGGUGCGGCGAAUGACCAGAAACGGUUAAAGUCGCUAAUAAAAUAAAACAAACAAAACUAUGUUUACAAUUAUAUUCAAUAUCAGAGUAGCACUUAUGUAUUAUCGACGCAUUUGGUUUUUAGAAAUGUUGCACAUGCAGGAAAAUAACUACAGGAAAAGCUCAAAGGUUGAGUUUGAUAUUGUUUUCAGAAACACUUUAUGAUAUAUUGGUGAUGUUAUACCAAAGAUAAGCUCAAGACUAUAAUUUCUUAUACGAUCCAUUGCAAAAUGUUGGGUCAGUAAUCGGGAAUCAGCAGGUUCAGUAACAGUGUAAUUUCAUUGACUCUUCGUUAAUAAGUGUCUACAAGCUCCAGCAGAAUGCCAUGGCCACAAACAUAUUUAUACAUUUAGUACAAAAGGAUUUGUUGCUUCCAUUGACUUUAAUGCUUCGUGGGAUGAAACAAUAACAAACUAUGUUAAUCCUAAGCAACAAUUCUAGGUAAUUUAUACUGUCCUAUUUUAAAAAUCAAUUGAUAUGCAGCAAAAUUGCUCAAUCUUUCAUACUGUUACUUUAUAUUUUUUCAAACAUGUAGCAUGUAGCGAUCAGACGUUUAUUGUUUUGCUUCAAAUGAUAAUUGAACUGGAACUGACAGUGAACCAAGCUCAUCAAGGGGUCUUAUUCCAAUGAUAACCAAUGUUAUAUAUUAUAUAUUAUUAUUCAAAUGAUAACCGAUAUUAUCGCAAAUAUAUAGCUAAUGUAAAAGUGGGCGAGAUUUCGUUUGAUGAGUACAAUAUGAUACAGAAUGCCUGUUUUUUUUUUAUUCAAUAAUAUAAUAUAAUUUUAAGGCACACUGUUUAAGAUGCCAAGGGUAUUUUCAAAUCUUAAUUAUCGUCUAACUUAAAACUAGAGUAGUAUCAUUAUGUAAUGUAGUAUGGGGGUCGCGGAUUCUCGAGAAUCGGUAGUGGCCGCUGAAUUGAAUAUAGCAUGAAAGCCUUCCAAAUGGCGUUGGCCGCAUCCUUCGGCCCGUGUGGGUCCGUGGUAAACACCCCCAGGCUACGAAGGCCCGGCGGGUGGCCUGCAUGUUGGUCAUCGACUGGAGCGGUCUUCUGCGGGCGGUUAUGGUGAUGUUACGAAAGAGAAUGAAAGAGAAGUAAAUAAACGUGGUAAAAAGGGGGCUGUGGGGCCAAGGUAUCUGAAAACGACAGAGAUCUAAUUAGUUGCAUCGAGAUGGUAGAAAGACGGGGGAACAAGAAAGUUAGUGACAAAAAAAGAUCUUGUUAGUUCCAAAAAUUGAAUAGAUCUAUAGAUCCUAGCACCGUGCAUUUACUGUUUGGGGACUAUAACCAACCAGGUCUAGUUUGGAUGGAAACUUAUUCCGGUUUUGCUAUCCCUGAUCCAUCUGGAUCAACCUGUACAAAGCCGAACGUUUCCUUGCUGGAUGGAAUGUCGCUACUGAACAUGGUGCAAAAAAACACUGUUACUAACAUGCGCAACGCACGCUAGACCUACUUUUCGUAAACGAGGAAAUUUCAAGGAAUUGCAUCACUGCUGAAGCAUUUGAGCCUUUAGUAGCCAUUGACGCGAAUCAUCCUCCGCUUUCUGUCACUUUGACUUGUCCUCGGCUUGUGCGGUUUGACGAUGUGUCUGAAGAUACGCUGUUCAACUUUUCGAAGACUGACUUUUCCGGACUCAAUAAUGCACUGUGUGUUAUCGACUGGAAUUCUCUACUGGAUAAACGCAAAGAAAACGGACUUCCUUCCAGCAUGUUCCUUGAAAAUGAAACAUCGAACACUCUAAGAGGCAACUUAUUCGCACAAAACUUCUCGAGAGUAUUCAAUACAGACACGGCUAAUUCAACUCAGGUGGAACGAUGCCUUCAAAACGUUCCAUAUAAUGUGAUAAAUAUUGCAAACAUUCGAUUUUCUAAUGAGGAUAUUAUGGCGGUUUCCUGCAUGCUGGAAAAAAUCGUAUAUGUUCCCCCCGUAUAUGGGAGACAAACAAAAUAUUGCAAACUACUGAGGUAACUUCUCUCUGUGCUGGAUCAAAGCUGUUGGAGAUUUUAGUGGGGAACGUUUUAUUUCGUGAAACAAAGACAUAUUUCUGAUCAGCAUGGUUUUUAUCCAGGCAGAUCUACAAUCACUAACUUGACACAUUUUUGUUCCCUUUGUAUUAAGAACAUUGAAAUUGGAUCACAGAUAGAUACAUUAUAUACCGACCUGAAAACAGCGUUUGACCGUGUAGAUCAUAAGCUCUUGAUUGCGAAACUGGAGCGUUUAGGUGCAUCAUCUAGUUUCUCUCGGUGACUUAAAUCAUAUCUCUUAGGCCGAGUUUUAUCAGUGAAGCUAGGAAAUGUCGAGUCACAAACCUUCAUUAAUGAAUCAGGUGGUCCUCAAGGAAGCAAUCUCGGACCAUUGCUGUUUUCAUUAUUUUUUAAUGACAUUUCUUUUGUCAUUCCACCAGGAUGCAGACUUAUGUAUGCGGACGAUUUGAAACUGUUUCUUGUUGUACAAUCGACAGCUGAUUGCAUGGAACUUCAGCAGCACCUAAACAAUUUUUGUGAAUGGUGCAAUCUCAACCUCUUAACUAUAAGUGUGUCCAAAUGCUCUGUGAUUUCUUUCACACGCAAGAAAAGCCCGAUAGUCUGGAACUACACUAUUUCUGGGGAAACACUUGAAAGAGUAACUGUUUUCAAAGAUCUGGGUGUGCUUCUUGAUUGUCAGCUCUCCUUCAGACAUCAUUACUCGCAUAUAAUUGCUCAGGCAAAUAGAAACCUAGGUUUCCUCAUGAUGAUCGCCAAAGAGUUUACUGGUCCAUAUUGCUUGCGAGCGUUAUAUUACGCGUUAGUACGGUCUACCCUUGCCUUGAAGCCGCAGUGCAUAUUUGGUGUCCUUACGCCAGUGUUAGUAUCAAUAGAAUUGAAGCAGUACAAUCACGAUUCCUGCGAUUUGCUCUUAGAUCUCUGCCAUGGCGUAAUCCGUCAGUGCUUCCACCAUACAUUGAGCGCUGUCGUUUGCUCGACAUGGACACACUAGACAAACGACGAAAUAUACUCAGAGCAGUAUUUAUAGCGAAAUUGCUGAAUGGACAAAUUGAUGCUCCUGAGAUUCUCUCGCAAAUAUGUAUUAAUGUCCUUCCAAGAACGCUAAGAGCGCGGAGUUUCUUGCGACUCGGCUUACGAAGAACGGAAUAUUAUCAGAACGAACCGAUUAGGGCAAUGUGCAAUGUUUUCAAUAGUGUGUACGACCUUUGUGUAUCUAGUGUUGUUUUCAAGAAUAGGCUUAAGAGACUCAGAUAGAUUAUAAGUAGAACUGAAUUAUUUUUUAGCACUGGACAAUGUUUGUACCUUUAUUCGUUAGGCUAAUGUUUUUGAAUUUUAAUUUCGUGAACAAAUAUGUAAAAUGUUAAAAAGAUUAUGGGUUUUUACGCGCAUUUGAUGAAUUUCAAAUGGGCUUUUCCCACUCCACCAAAAACUCCAUUGAGAUCAAUCCAGGUCAGAUGGAAAGAAAUAGAUAAAUAAAUAAAUAAAUAAAAAAAAGGAAGGCUUCUGGCGAGUCAGCUUUGUACAAAUGAUCACUUAAAUCGAAUUCGUUCAUGGCUAUUUAAAUAUUGGUUACCACCAGCAGCCGAAUUCUGGUGGCAGAAGAAAUUUAUCACAAUUUUCUUUAAGAGGAGAAAAUCUUAAAAUGUCUUUUUCUCUUAAUCUUUCUCUUCACAAAACUCAUUUUUUCAACGAAUUCAGCCGCAGAGCUCCAGUAACAAAAUUUCUUGAAAGAAAAGAAAAUUGCUGAGAUUUCGCCUGUUUUCUUAAUUUGGAAUUCCCGUCAAGAAGAUUUUUUUUACAUUUGAAACAGCAAAAGAAAAUAAUUUUCUCUUCAACGUUAAUGCGAAAGAAAUUCUGGAAGAUUAUUCUUUUAGUGAUAAAAUUUAGAAAAUUAUUCAAAAUUAUUACGUAGGAGAGAGACAUGAUUUGAGUAAUAUUGUCCGCAAAACACUCUUCUUAGUCCACCUAGUUCUACCUUUCUCUUGUCAUUCAAACAGUCUCAUUAUAACAUACUUUUUUUUAUUAGGAAAAUUCAUGCCACCACUAUUAUCAUAAAUUCAUGACAUAAUGUUAGUCUUCUAACAAAUUUAUAUAUUUCUUUUGUGAAAAGUAGUGAAAAACUCUACUUUAUCUGCUGACCAGAGGACACCGGUCACAAGUACUCAGGGCAAUUCAGAAGUGGAUGACGACAGAUUAACACUUACCCGUUCAUUUGAGACUACCGAUUCACUAAGAUUUCCUUUUUAAAAGUACACAAAAGCGAUUUUAAUAACCUAACCAUAAUUUAUUACAAUUUAAACAAAAGAAGAACCUUAAAUAGAAACUACGGAAAUAUAUGUAUAUUCAUCUUGUAGAUAUUAAUUAUAUUUAUUUAAAAAAAACAAUAUUUCAAGGUGCGAUUCGUUGGCUAGCAUGCUGCGGCCGGGUUGAGCGCCUUCGAUGGUCCCAUGUGGACUGACGAUAUAGUGCAAUUUUCUCGGAAAUUUCAUAGCUGAAUUUCACAAACUAAGGUGCAAAUAAAAGGUUUUGUAAUUCUUCCAUUAGUGCAUCAGAGAUAAAACAACCAGUUUCAAUUCAAACAAAGUGCUGGUCUAUAUAUUCAACAUUCGAAUGAAAUUAAUUUUUUGGUGAAUUUAUUAUAUGUUGGUAAAAAUGUUUAACCAUCAUAUAAUUUACAACACCUAUAAGUAUCGAGUUCACUUUCACAUCUCAUCCAAGUCAAUCGAGAAAACAAAACCGCUUACGUUGGGGACAGAAGAAACCAAGUACAGUAUUGUGUAGUGAACAAUAGACCUCGAAAAUGAGUGAACCAAACGAACAAAAGCUACCGCCGACACGAAAGAAUACUAUUGUUGUUGAUUUCGGGAAGUGCAAAAUUCGACCUUCGAUACGAGAACUUGAAGGUCUGCUUAAGGAGCAAAUGCAUCUUGAUAUUAAACGUGUGCAUUUACUUCAAUGCAAUAAGACAAAUAAUGUUGUUUAGUUCCAGUUUUAUAAAAAGUUGGAUGCAAUUUAAUUCGCAAAAGAUAAUAACAAUGUGCAAUAUGUGGAGCACGAGAACAUUAAGUACAACAUUCCAGUAUACCUUAUGAUAAAAAAAGAACCGGAAUUUUCAUUUUAAAAUUCCCGCGCUUGUCCAAUCGGUAAACUUUUAUUCUCUCAAUGUUGGCAACACUUUUAUAUACAUUCUGUCAAAUUUUGACGCAUAUCGUACGAUUAGUUUUUGUUUGGCGAGCCGAAACCAUCCAUUACAAAAAUCGCCACACGAAAAUUUUUCAACUUCUUUGUAUAGACGCCAAACAAAAACUAAUCGUACGAUAUGCGUCAAAAUUUGACAGAAUGUGUAUAAAAGUUUUGCCAACGUUGAGAGAAUAAAAGUUUACCGAUUGGACAAGCGCGGGAAUUUUAAAAUGAAAAUUCCGGUUCUUUUUUGAUCAUAAGGUAUAUGGAAGAUAGUGCUAUAGAAGUGCGUGUGCAUGAUCUUCCCUCAAGCGUCAUCGAUCCUUAUAUUCGCAAAACUAUGUCCCAAUACGGAGAGAUUCUCUCUAUUGAAAAAGAAAAGUGUAAGAAUUUUUUUCCCGGUAUUUUAAAUGGCGUACGUUUGUUACGCAUGCGCUUGAGAAGGCCUAUACCUUCUUAUGCGACAUUCGAUCAGGAUACAAGAAUCCCAUGCAAAUCACUUGUUACCUAUGACAAUCAGAUGGCCUCAUGUCAAUAUUACCAAAAAGCUGUUCACUACGGUAAUCCAUGUGAUAAACCGGACAAGGAGACAACUAUACCAAAGGACAACGGUGCUU